GUCAAUCUCGGCCAUCUCGCGAAACGGGUCGUGGGACGCAAGCUGCGUUCCGCCCUCCUUAGGCGUUUCGUCAGCCGACCGUGGUCUCCUUUGGAUCUCUCCUCCGAAACUCCAUGUCUGAUCGCGCCUCAUCGGUAUCACUCCGAGCAGGGCCUCCUUCACCGUCUUCUCCCGCCGCCGGCUCUCUCAAGGAGAUCCAGCCGUCGAUUCCCGUGUCCGAUCAGAUUCCUCAGACUCCGACAUCGCCACCGUUGAUGUCGGUAAGCGCUCAAAAUUAUGCCUCCAACUUCACUUCCUCGCAAGCAUCGCCCAACCAGCAGACAACUUCUCAGCCCGCGAACGUCUCCUCCCCUCCAUCCUCGGCUCCCAUGUCCACUCAGCCCUCCCAGCAGCCGGUCGUAGGCCCCCCGCAGUCGUUUCCCACCCCGGCGAGCAGCGUGAGCGGUCAGUUUCCGGGGCCCUCCUCCGCCGAUGACGCCGACCACGCGGAGAAAUCCGUCGCUUCGGCGAUGCCGGACGCUGCAGCGUUGACGGAUGCCUCGACACCACACGCAGAUAACCGGCGAACCGAUCACGAACGGCAGCUUGGAGGACCGGGCGACGCCAUGGACAUUGACACGGACACCGCCCUCGGCCGGAUAUCGAGUCUGGACUCGCUACAAAAAGAAUUCUCGUCGGCUUACCAUCUGUGCAAAAGCUCCCAUGUCACACCUGGUCCCGAUCCGUCGAUCGAUCUCAUCUCGCUGUACGGGCUCGGGCCGGUGGCGAAGUCGGUGGCCCGCAUGGACCCCGUCACGGGGGAGAAGAUCAACCGGUUACGGAAGUCGUACGAGGGCAAACUAAAGGGACUGGGCCUCGCAGGGCGAAAUAAGCCCGUCAAACAAGAACUGGGGGCGCCCGGCGGGUUACGGCACCUGACCUUGUGGCCCGACGAAGAAUGGCAGAACCAGAAGGUGUACGGGAAGGACAUCAAGAUCGCCGACAUGGAUUCCGCGCUGCACAAUCUCCAGAUGAAGGCGAUGAGGAUGGAGCCGGGCGCCGUGCCGAACAACGACUACUGGGAGGAUGUGCUGGGCCACGAGAAGCCGUCGAAACACGGCGGCGCAGAGGCGGGCAAGAAGACGACCGCCAUCCCGUCCGCCCCCAGCGGCGCCCGAGGACCGAAUUCCGCGAACGGGACCCCGACGGCUGAUGCGGAUCGCAAUCGACCGAGCCGCGGGCGCAAACGGCAUUACGACGAGAACAGCUUUGUCGGGUACGGCGAAGGGUUUGCGGACGACGAUGACGAGGGCGCGUUCAACUCCAACGGCGAAGGGGUGGGGAAGAAGAAGCGAAAGAAGGACCAUGUCUCGAAGAUAUCGACCCCUCACCCGGACCGCGGAGGAAGCUACGGGGUGGGCAUGUACGGGAUUGGGGCCAGAUAAUGGGGACCCCUCAACAUCCGAGUCCAUUCCCCCAGGUUGAUGAGAAUGGGGGGCGAACCAACCAGAAAUCCAAAAAAGAACCAAGGACCGAAAAAGAAAAGAACAGACUUUUCGUUUCUCUUCUUCUGGCUGUUUUCUUUUUCAUCUUGCUUUUGUCUCUGAACCGGUUUCGGACUUGAAAAGAACAGAAUCAAAAACCCAGAAAAGCACCAAAAAAAAGAAAAAGGGACAAUGAAAAUGAAGUUGAGGCCUUGGUCCUGAGACCGGAGGACCUUACCACGGU